AAAUUAUAUUUGUGUACUAUAGUACGCAAUUUAAAAGAAACCGCUUUGAAGAUGGAAAACUUAAAGCAAUAGUCAGCAUUGACAUAGAUCUCUAUCUCUUUUACCAAAGUAAUGUAUGUAUGUACUAAGCUUUCAAUGAAGGAAAUUUAUUCAUAUGAAGACAACUAUCAGAUAGACGCACACACAGUCAUAUUAAUAUGCAUUUGCGGUUUUGAACUGUUUCACUAUUCAGUUUUCACAUUACAUUCCAUUCGAUUCAUCUACCAUGUAUUUGUUCUACAGGAAAGGCGGCGUUUCUCAAGCAAAUGUACCAUUUGUGGGUCCCGAUGAAGUGCCACCACCGUAUCAGGCCAACACUGGCACCGGUGUACCAAUGGUUACAUGCCGCGUGUGCCAAAAUAUGAUCGAUAUCACAACAAAACGAGAUCAGCACGUAGUGAAAUGCAGUCAUUGCAAUGAGGCAACGCCAAUACGCAACGCUCCUCCAGGCAAAAAGUACGUGCGUUGCCCAUGCAACUGUCUGUUGAUUUGCAAGAGUUCAUCGCAGCGCAUUGCUUGUCCUCGGCCAAAUUGUAAGCGCAUUAUUAAUUUAGCACCAAGUCCGGUUACGCCACCCGUACCGGCCAUGCCGGGCAUGUGUCGUGUUACUUGCGGUCACUGUUCAGAUACAUUUCUGUUUAACACAUUUCACAAUGCUCUAGCGCGUUGUCCCCACUGCAGGAAAGUGUCAUCUGUUGGCUCGCGCUUUGCUUGCGGACGCGGUAUGUUGUUCGCUGUACUUGGACUGUUGUUUCUCAUUGCGGGCAUUGGUAUUACUGUUGGCACAUACAAAUAUGCACAGGAUCACGGUGGUAUUAUAAUUGCUUAUGUUGGCCUCUUUCUGAUCGCAGCCUUUUUAUUAGCACGUUCGGUUUACUAUUUCCGUUUAAAAGUGAGCGCCAUAGACGGUCCAAUGUAAGGGCGAAUUUAAAUGUUUUUGUAUCAUUCCUUUUGAUAUUAACAAAACAAUUGAAAACAUAAAAAACGUAUAUUCAUAUAAACAAAGCCAGAGGGUAGUAAGCGAAAAGCAACUAAAAAGGCAGGCAUAAAAGAGCAAAGAGUACUACUUUUUACACAUAACAUUCAAAGGAAAUUUAAAUUGAUGCAAGAUCCAAAAAAGGUACACCGUAACUUCGCAAAAUAAAUAUGCAAUCGAACAAAGCUGUAUUGUAAUUGCAAACGAAACUCGAGUGCGUGAAUAACUACAUUAAACUACACAAUUUGGAUUAAAAACAUAGACUUAGUCUCAAUAAAGUAAAUAAGUGCUAAUGCAUGUAAAUGUUAGCAUGAAAGCUAUAAUUUUAAAUAAAAAAUAAAACAACAUGCAAAAUCUGUAAACUUUUUGUAUAACAGUUUAAAAAAAUUAAAUUGAUUUCACUUGUUUAGCAAAUAUCUGGUACUCGUAAGGACCAAACUGAAAAUUUAGUUUACUUGAAAAGCGCGCCCAAACAUCGCAUUAAAUGCGGAAAUAUGCUGCACUAGUAGAAAUACGGCAAUCAAAAAUGUGAAGACUAAUUUUUCAUUUGGAAAGUACACAGUUUUACAAAGAAGCUAAACGUUUGGAAACUCAAUUCACAUGUUUGUUAGGUUAAAUGUCGGGCUACAGCACUCUGCUUUAUAUAUAUAUAUUUUUUUAAUUUGUGAUUAGUCCUUUUUGCUUACCCUUUUGCUACUGUAAUUAUUUUAUCGUAAACUCCAUAUGUAUAUGCUUGUAAUCUUUGUUUGUGAAAGUUUAUGUUCUCUGGCUAAUACAUAUUCAUGCAUACAACAAAGCAGUAAGCUAAGAUUAUUCAACUUUAAAAACACACAAAAAAAAAAUGAAACGAAAAUCCCCGCUUCCGUUGCAAAUCAUCGUAGAUUUAUAGUCUAACAAAUAUAAAACGACAACAUUUUGCUGUAUGUUGACAAUUUUCACGUGUAAGAAGUUGUUUCGCGGCUGGCGUAAAAUGAUGUUUGUUAUAAUUAGCUUAUAAUAAUUUGGGUCACUCAACAAUGAUAAAAGAAAAUAUGUAUUUAUAAAAAAUAGCAAUUACGAGCCUCGAAUUUCUCAAACGGUUCACGCUAAUGAAAAUGCAUUCGCCAGUGUAGAAAAAAGGCAAAUAAACCGGAAAACAAAUCUGAAUUCUA